AUGGACAAGAACAAAAAAGACCCUCGGUACAGAAAAUACGAGUCACAGAUAGAGAGGACACUAUCCUCGUUUGAAAAAGAAAUAAACGAAUGGGCCGAUUUCAUUACAUUCCUCGAUAAACUGUUAAAGACGUUCAAAACCUAUUCCGAUAUUCCCGUAAUACCGCGGAAACUAGUAGUCGCAAAGCGUCUUGCACAAUCAAUGAAUCCCGCUCUUCCCCCCGGUAUACAUCAGAGAGCGCUUGAAGUUUACAAAAACAUUUUCAGCAUCAUAUCUACAGAUCAACUGGCGGAUGAUCUGCCGAUUUACUCGCAAGGAUUAUUCCCAUUUCUUCAACAUGCGGCCACGAAAGUAAAGCCAUCAUUACUGGAACUGUUUGAGAAAUAUUACUUACCGUUAGGAGGGCGACUACGGCCAGUAAUGAAGGCGUUUAUUACUGCACUGCUUCCCGGUUUGGAGGAAAAAGGCAGCGAAUCUUUUGACAAGGUGCUUUCUUUGCUCAAUUCUCUAUCAGCAUGUGUGGAACUGAGCUAUUUUCUUCAGAGUAUGUGGCUAGCCAUGAUUACAUCUCCUUCGUUGAGAGGUCCCGCGUUAGAGUACUUGUCGCGAAGAAUGCCCAAGAUAGCUUCGAGAGAAGAUGUGGCAAUGAUGUUGGGCGACGAUGCUGGAAUCAUGGUCAGAGCAUUUGCUGCAACUCUUGGUGAUGAACAAGAUUUAAUCAAAAGAGAGUUACUACAGCUACUAGUCGAAUUCUUUCCAUUGAAGAAUAAGAACGCUGGAGAAGUUUUGGACCAAGAUGAUCUCAUAUUGCUCAUGAAAUCAGCUAUAGCAGUUGUCUUGCGGAAAGAAAUGUCACUCAACAAGAGACUAUACAAUUGGUUAUUGGGUCCUGAGGAUAAUGAAAAUAGAGUGCAGUAUUUUGAAGAGUAUGGAAAGGCUGCAGCGGUUGCGGCAUUGAAGUCUUGUUUCUUUUCAAAAACAAAAAGUCUAGCUACGGCUCAACAACCAUACAAGAUGCUUAUAUCUCUAAUGGAUAAAUGGGAAAUCGGGUAUCCCAUCGUACAAGAACUUUUAAUUGACGUGCUGGUAUCGCUUAGGUCACAUGUACAGAAUUCAGAAUUUGGAACGGACCUUUUACAAACAGCCAACAUGUUCUUAGAGAUGGUCCCCCCUUAUUUGAUAUGGAUGAAGCUAUAUGCAUUGGUCAUGGAUCAUUUCCCGAGCGAUGAUGGCAAAGACACUGAGGCCUUGGAUUUGGUUGAUUUUAUUUUGACAUCGCUAACAUUACACGAAGAAGAAAUACAGCAAAUACAUCUACCCAUGUUUCUGACGGCUCUACUUUGCAAGGCGGAGUCGUUAGCAAAUAGUACGGACUUUACUUCUUAUAUCUCGCAAAUAGAAUCAGCACUCCGGCUUGCCCUUGAUCUGCUCAAGCGUAUUCCGCGCUAUGUAUUUCAGCAAUCGAGACACGUUCAAGAGCCCAAUGGAACCUUUAGAAGUAGUACACCACGACCGCCAAAUAGUACAGAUCAGGGAGACGCUCAGAUAGCACAUUUUGUAUACGGGACAGACGCAGUGAAAUAUGUAAACGAUUUUUACAUGUAUAAAGCAGAAUCAGCCAAUGGAACUCAAUUUGCCAGUAUUAAUGGAAUAGAAUUUAUUGGUGAGCUGCUAAAAGCAGUACAGGGAUUUUUAGAGAGAGUAAUUACCAGAUGUAUUAUAUGCAAAGAGGAAACAAUAGAUCCGGAAGCAGUUUCAACAAUACUAGAGCAGGGAUGUACUCUAAUCAGAGAAAUAUCAGAACAUUUUGCAAUCAAUCUCCACAAGCAACAGUCAACCACUCAUGAACAGACAAGCAACCAAAUACACAUGAUCAAAGAUUCAUACUCGAUAUCUUCAGCAUGGAUAUCCGAACUGCUUAAAUGCUGCUACAAAGUUGACAACUUUGAUAUCAUUGAUUCAUCGCUAUCCACAAUAAUCGAUCUGAUUACUAAUAAAACGCUGUUAUCGCCAGAAAUUCUCGAGCCCAAACAUCAAACGCGUCUGAUAGUUUCAAAGCUAUGGUCAUUCUUGUCUGCAGAUAACUUGGUGUACCACUGUAGAUCAGUAGAGCUGAUCUGGUUGCUGCAUAGAACAUCUCAGACAAGAUACGUUGAAUCCAUCAUGUCGGAAUAUCUCGUUGAUAAAGAUGCUCGACAGAGAACGCAAUCGUACGAACGUUUUGGCGUGUUCUGGAAACUGUCUGAAAAUCACUUGGAUCUGAGCACUGAAUUUCAGCAACCAACCUUCUUAAUGUUGGACACACUGCAAGACAAGACUCCGGUCAAUCGCAGAGCGGGAGAGAGUUGGAUGAGGAGUAAUCAUAUGUCGUACAUUAAACUAAUAAGCCCGAUACUAAAUAUUUUGUGCGAUUCCGAGAUCCAACACUAUAUCCCAUCUCAAGCUGAUGGAGAGAGCGCGAUUAUAUUUUACCAACGACCAUUUAGUCAGGCGCAAGUAAACUAUGCCUUUGAGACAUUGAUUGCGAUAUGCAAAGUGGGUGGAAGUGGAUUUUUAAAGUCACUCCGAAACUCUGUCGCCAUAGGCCGAGAAUCAGAUACAGUGUCAAAAUGGAGUCGAGAAUUUUUUAUCACUGGAACUAGUUACACGAACGUAUUAAUCAAGAUAGCCAUAAGAUUCAUUGAAGCGGAAUUUGACGAGCAAAGCGAUGAAGAACAAAAGAGGUGGAACGAAUGUAUUCAUAUGCAUGCGACAGAUUUUUUGAAUUUACUGCUAACCAAACCGAUCGAUUCCGAUAUGUUAUACUUUAUACAUGAUAAAGUGUUAAAGAAGAUGUUAUUCUGUAUUGAGAUGAACAGACUUGAUCUGCAAACGCGACUAUUGCACGUACUGCUCUCGACAGUCAUGACCGCGUCGGCGGCAUCGACAAAGACGCCCAAUGGCGCGCAUGGGACGCCAAAGCGUACUCUAUCAGAAUCAUCUCAGUUCUUGGACAGUCCUUCGACUUUUGCAUCUGCUUCCGAAGACAGCAAGGAGAAAAUGACAGUGUCAUCGCCGCUAUUCGUGAAAGUAAUAUUAUUAGCGUUAUCACGGCCAUCGAAUAGACCCUUGCUUCAACAGUGGACGGAUUUCAUUCUUACAUCUCUUCCCUGUUUCAAAGGGUCGUUCAACACGGUACUAGUGCCUGUCCUGCAGUGUAUAUGCGAACAAUUGACCAAAUGGCAUACAGACAUGAACGUAACAUAUGCAAGCGCUUUUGCAUCAUUAUCGAAAAAAGAUUCUGACGGCAAUACCAAAGAUGCAUCCGGACAAUUGACAUCCAAUCAUGUAACCUUGUCCCAGACAAGUGAUUGGGAUUGCGUAUGCUUAUUGAAUGGUCUGGAGAGGAUAGUAAUGUUUUGCUUGACUGACAAUAUCACAUGGGAUGAAAACGAUGGCAUCAGCACGCCGAUUACGCCAAGCGGUGGAGGCUUGAGUAACAUAGUUACCGGAGUAUUUGGCUUUGAUACGCCAACGGAGGUUGUUUCAUCCGAGCAGAAGCCGCGUGACUACGUUCUCUGUUACGUCUUUCCCAGCAUCGCGUCCAUUAUUCUCGAUAUAUGGUCGUUAUCCAAAGCACAUUCUUUUCCUCGGCCGUCCAAGAUUGCAGUAGAUCCGUUCCAUUUGUCAUUUUUGCACAUGUGUGAUAAAGUGAAAGCGAGCAUCCGUAAAAUGCUUGAAAAACUGUACAAGAACCAAAAACCCGAAUUACUCGAGGCGUUUGUCGAGUUGUGGUUUAUUAAUUCGAGUGCAAUAGAUGGAUCUGAGGAUCAGCAUAGUAGCGAAGCGACGAUUGCGGUCAUUGAAGUUUUAAAGCACAUUCCCAGCUGCACUACACAAAAAGUUAUCAUUACUUUACUAGAAAGCGCACGAACGAGAUCAUCUGGACUUGCGAUACCAAGAACGAAACGGCCCUUUGCCAAGUCUAGUAGACUUUCGGACGUGCUUAUACUAAGGUUCUUGGAAACAUACUGCGAAAAUCUGGAUCAGUAUGAUGCUUUGGUAGAAGUUUGGCCGUACUGCUUGGCAUAUUCGAAAGACAUAAUUUCACAAGCAAAUGGAUAUAAAUAUCUUUUCCCAUCGCUUAUGAGGUUCAUUCAUUCUGUCGUUGACAAGUUGACAACUACUUCAUGCUUUGAAGACAGAAAGAUGAGGAAAGAUAUGCAGGACAAUUAUCAACGAGUUUUGGAGAAUUGCAUAUUUAUUGCCGGGAAAUCGUUUGAUCAAGGCCUUUGGAUCAGGCGAUCGACUCGCGAUGACGAGGAAUCGAGCGAGAUUCUGGAUGGCUUGGAGAGUAAAGAUUCUGAUCCCAAUCGCUCUAGCACUCCAAUGUUGGAUGAAAAGAAAUUGUCUUCCAGAACUAAAGAAGAGAUUCUAAUCGAUCAGGUUAAUCAACACUUGGCAAGUGUCAUCAUUCCCAAUAUCAGACGUUUAAUACAAGAUCAGACAGGAAUAAAUCAAAUGAUAUAUAAUAUGAUGUAUUAUGUGAUAACUCCUGCCCUAAAAAGUCGUGGAAGCACAAGUAGUAAUCGCGUGAUCCUUGAUCAGCUUGUGGAAAUAUCAAAGAUUCCCUUUGCUAGCAAAUGGCGGAAAGAAGUAUGGGAAUUAUUUAUGGACAAUCGUUUUUUCAACAUGGGACAAAAUGCAUCCAACAAGUGGCAAACAAUCAUACAGACUAUUAUGUUGUCUGAAAAAGAGCGCUUUGCUGAAAUAUUGGGUCGUAUUUCAACGUCUCCAGCUAAUGGCCUCUUUAUGAGUAAAGAUCAAGAAACACUAAAUCGAGCAUUAAACCUUCGGAGGCUCUCGUAUAUAAUUUACUCUGGCAGGGUAGACCAAUAUAGUCUACAGUUGCCUAGCGUGCAAGAAAAAUUAGUCGAAUUGCUAAAAUUAGAACAAACAGAAUUGGUUCACGUGGAGAUAUAUCUGUGUCUACGAAUAUUACUUUUGAGACUGUCAAAGAAGCCAUUGUCAACAUUCUGGCCCAUUAUAUUGACGGAAUUAGUGCGCCUAUUUGGAUCAUUCUUGCAAAAGAUUGACGAUCGGCCAGAAACGGCAAACAUUUUCUUGGCUGCAUGUAAAUUUUUGGAUUUAUUGUUCGUUCUUCGAAACGAUGAUUUUCAAGUAUAUGAAUGGAUAUUCAUCAGAGACACUAUCGAUGUUAUAAACCAUUCAUUGGAAUGGUCACCGUAUGCAUUGAUGGAUAGAUUGGGUGAAAAAUUCGAAGAUGGACAACAUGAUAAUUAUCAUGUUCCCAUACAUCCAAAUACGUCAGCAAUUUCGCCGUCCAAAGGUGAAUUCAAGCGUCCAAUGCUCAUCGCGAAAUCUAUUACAAGCAUACGACAACUAUCUUUUUUUGUUCGACAUAUAUCUCUCUAUGUCUAUCAAUCAACCUACACUCUGGCUAAACCCGAUUUAGCAUAUAUCGAACAUUUACUAAAGAAUGACCUGUUAGAGGGUGGGGAUGGGGAAGAUGGUAAUGCUUUGGGAGUUAAUCAGGAUGCUCCUCACCAAAGUUCGAGUAAAGGCUCAAUCUCAAAUCCAAAUCCAAUACCACCAACAGGUUUAAAAAUACCGCCUUACAACAAUAAUCGUAUUGCAGCACAACUUCAAAAUCUUAUCCAAGCCCUAACAAACGGCCUUAACAAUAUACAAAUUCCAGCUCCCGCUGUCAAUAUUCCGCCCCAAGAACAAAAUGUCAUGAUCUAUGAUGUUAAGUUCACGGAAGGAAUGACUAAUCCGCACAAAGUAGCCCAUUGGGCGAACACUUGGAAAAACGCGCAUAACGCCAAUGGCAGAUGGAGGCUCGAUAACGAUGUACCAGAAUCGUUCUAUCAUCAAUUCGUUCAGAAAUAUAUGACUCCCCAACUCCGGACAAGUCUUUACACGGAAUAUCAAAAAUUGGAGCUAAAGAAAGGCCAAACAUUUAUUCAAGGCUUACCCAAGUCCAUGAAAACGAUUGUGUAUCAACAAGGCGCUCCCGACACAUUGGACGCAGCCAUUCAACGAGCCGAAAAUGCUCAGCUGGCACAAUCCUUCGAUGAUGGAGAUAGUAACAAAGACGCUAACAAAAAUAUGUUACUAAUCGUCGAAAAAUUGGAAGAAUUGAGUAAGAAAGUCGCUGAAAAUCCGUCCUCAAACCCACUUGCUGAAGAAAUCAUUCAGGAAAUGUCCGAUGCUAUAACUGUGGUAAACCUGGACAUGUUAGAAGAUGGUGUCAUCGAACACAUAUUGUCAAGAAUAAAAUUUAAUUUCAUUAAUGGAAAAGAUGUGGUGAGCUUGUUUUAUCCAUUCUAA